ACAGAACUUGUCAGUCGGUAAGAACAAAGAAAACUAUACUCAAGCCUUUCUUUUGGGUGCUAAAUAGUACUAUAGCGCAAUAGCAACGAAAAUAAAGGCAUAAGUGUAGUUUUUAUCUUUUUAUUUACUGACAAAAUUGGUUUGCCAGACUAUAAUAUCUAUGGUCGUGCAUUAUAAUUUUACGGUAUUGUGCAACACCGUUGUAUCCGUUUCCGAAAACUGCCAUCUUUGUUUCUUUCGCUUGUCAGAAUUGACUGAUAAGGUUAGUAUAACCCGGAUUUACUAUUUAAUUUAUAAAAUUUCCAUGCUUAGGGCCUCAAGAUGCAGCUUCACAUCAGAGGACAGUCUACGCACGUUCUAGACGUCAAUGGACAAGAAUCCAUUGGUCAGAUCAAGGAGCGCUUGCGCGCCCUUGAGGGUGUUGAGGCUGAAGACGUGACCCUCUCGCUCUGCGGCGCUCCCCUUGAGGAUUCCUGCCUUGUGGCAGAGCUCUCCUCUGCUGAGCUGGACUUCACAGUGCCACUGCUUGGUGGUAAAGUGCACGGAUCCCUAGCUCGUGCUGGUAAGGUGAAGGGUCAGACCCCGAAGGUAGAGAAGCAGCAAAAGAAGAAGAAGAAGACCGGCCGUGCCAAGCGCAGGAUCCAGUACAACAGGAGAUUCGUGAACGUUGUGCAGACCUUCGGCCGUCGCCGCGGACCUAACUCCAACUCAUAGGUUUAUAUUGUAUAUAAAAUGCAAAUAUAACAUCUUAUUUGCAACA